AUGUCUGGAAUUCUCGCAGGCAAACUCGCCAUCAUCACCGGCGGCUCACGAGGCAUCGGCGAAGCCAUCGCCCACAACCUCGCGCGCAAAGGCUGCUCCCUCCUCCUCAACUACACCUCGGACUCCUCUCGCGCGCGCACCGAAUCCCUCUGCCAGCAACUCUCGCGCGAGCACUCGAUCCGGUGCGUGCCCGUGCAAGCCGACCUGUCGGACCCCGCCCCCGCGGUUGAGCGCAUUCUCAGCGUCGCCAAGGCGGAGUUUUCUUCCACCAGCCAGCAACAGAACCUCACCGUCGACAUCCUGAUCAACAACGCGGGCGUGUCCAAGGAUCGCUUCCUCAACGACGCCGACCCCGCCAAGGGCCCCAUCGACGCGGCCUACUUCCACUGGCACUACACGAUCAACGUGCUGGCGCCGCUACUGCUGACGCAGGCGGUGGCGCCCUACCUACCACGCUCGCCGCCGCGCGCGGGCCGCAUCGUCAACAUCUCCAGCAUCUCCUCGUCGCUGGGGUUCACGGGCCAGUCGGUGUACGGCGGCACGAAAGCGGCGUUGGAGGCGAUGACGCGCACCUGGGCGCGCGAGCUGGCCGACUACGCGACCGUCAACGCGGUCAACCCCGGCCCGGUCAUCGGGGAUAUGUACUUUGCCACCGGGGAGGAGUUCUGGCAGCAGAUGCAGGGGUUUCAGGAUAACACGCCGCUCAGCAAGAUGAUGGAGGGCGAGGAUCGGCAGCUCGAGGCGUUGACGGAGGAGCAGAAGCGGUUGAUCCGCGAGAAGAUGGGGGGCCGCAGACCCGGGUUCACGGGCGAAGUGGCUGGUGUGGUGGGGAUGUUGUGUACGGAGGAUGCGGGGUGGUGUACGGGGAGUGUGGUGUGUGCGAAUGGGGGAUUGAAAUUUACAGUGUAGCUUUAGUUAGCUUCAGCUUCAGCUUAAGCUUAUAUGGAUACCAUAGUUUACAAUUGAUAUGAGUAGAUGAAUAAAUAGAAC